ACCUCAGACUCAACAUCUAGUGCACUCGGUGAACAACGCGCAGCGAAUACAAGCCAAAUUGGAAUUUUACACAUAUCCUAUAUUUAAGCGAGACAAAAUCAUUUUUGAGAUAUGGAUAGACUUUUCCGCAUUCUUCUUGGACUGUGUGUGAUGCUGGCCGCGGCGCAGGCGUCCAAUGUUACUGUGUCCACACUCGAUACGACCGUGAACAACUCCACGUGUGGGACAAGUCGCGCAUGUUUCUCUGAUCCAGUGUCCUGCAACCCCGCGACGGAUAGAUCAUGUCUGUUCGUCUCCACAAAGUCCAAUGGCAGUAGCAACCUGAAUUUUGAACUCCGUGGAGAGUCCCAGGGGUACAUCGCCGUAGCUCUAUCAACUGACAUGAACGCGGGAGGCAACGACAAAACCUACAUUUGCGCUAACAUCAACUCUACUGUCCUGUUUGUCUUUGCCCUGCUGAACAACAACACACUAACCACUCAAAGUGACGUAUCAAGCAUUGCUAAUGUCAGUGGUUCAAUCAAUCAAACCACCAUUCAGUGUGUGUUUAACGUGUUUGGCCUGAACGCAACAUCCCGUGCCAAUGCUGCAACCACCUUUUCAAUUGUACUGGCCAAUGGGACUGUUUAUGCUAAUGGUUCACUUUCAAACCCGACUGUGCGAACAGUCACUGCACAGCUAGACCUGUCCAACGUCAAUAGCACCAACACAGCAACAACAACUCCUAGCACAAACUCAACAAACGCCUCCAAUGUCACCACCACCACCACCACCACCACCACCACAACAGCCUCAGGGGCCAACAUUUCUCUGCAGCACGGUCUUUCACAAGCUGUAUUGAUCCUCCUCGGUAUCCUGGCCAUCGGGAUGAUGUGAGCUGUGCUGAGACAAUGCACUGGAUCGUCACUAUAUGAUGGUUAUCAUCGCCAUUUCACUCUAGCCAUUCUAUUUAAUGAGGUGUGUGUGUGUGUGUGUGUGUGAGAGAUGAUGGACAUAACCUUGAGGUGACUUGCAUCCACUUACUGUACUUAGACUAAGCAGACUGUGUGUGUGUGUGUGUGAGAGAGGGGAAAAAAGAGACUGUGUCUAGAAACAUGAAGCCAUUGAUUGGUGGACAGUUACAUAAAUAUGUUUUUAAAAAGAUUUAUUUUUCUGUCUUUUAUAAUAAAUAAAUAUUAUCUCUUGAUAUUAACAUGUGUUGUUACACAUCAUGGACAAUGAAUCUCAUCCCCUACACAGUACACUGGCAAAACAACAAAGUGUUUAUAGUUGGCGGUUUCGCCAACUCAGUUGCAGUAAGGACAGAUAUAAGAAAACCUUCUUACCCACAGCAAUAGCACUUUACAACGACUCUCCUUUGAGUAGAGAGAGAGACAACCUAUCUUUUAUAUCUAAUAUGGAGGCAAUUGUCUUGAUUUGUCUUAUUAGGCAGUUACACUUGUAACUGCCUAAUUUCUUGUUGUAAUGUAAUGUAUGUGGACUAUAUAUGUGCGUGUGUGUGUGCUUGCUGUAUGUUCUUAAGGCUGCUGAAAGAACUGAAUUUCCCUGUGGGAUAAUUAAAGUAUAUCUAUCGCUA